AUGGCGAGCAACAAGAGCGCGAAUCCCAGAUGUAGCGCCUGGUGCAUCCGGGACCUCCGGGCUCGCAUCACCGAGACCCAAGCCGUCUACCGGCACGAGAUCAACCGCACCAACCUGUGCUUCCUGACGCGCCGGCAGCGGAUCCACAUCAUCAAGCGCAUCGCGCGGCUGGGACGGGCCAUGGUGCAGGAGCUGCGGGGCGAGACGGACGCGCGCGACGGCGAGGCCGUGACGGAGCACACGGUGGAGCGGCGGUACCGGCAGUUCCUGCGCACCGAGACGCGCAUGCGGCGGGCGGCCUACGCCGAGGCCGACCGCCGCGCCGCCGGCCACGACACGGACGCCGAGAACCGCCGGCAAGACGAGAUCCUCGCCCGCGUGCGCCGCGACACCGUCGUCCCGCCCACGGGCGUCCGCCGCUCCAAGCGCCUGCGCGGCAUGGCCGCCGACGCCUCCGCGCUGCCCGUGCUCGCGCCCAACGGCCUGUUCGUCGAGCGCCGCGACGUGCCGCACGACGUGGUCGAGACGCUCCGGCGCCACUACUAUGCCAUGAAGAGGGAACUUGAGAGGACCGGCUAG